AUGACACAAAACGGAACGGCUAGUGCAGCCUCGGAGAAGGCCUGGAAUGUGCCGACCGAGAAGGAGAAGGAGAAGACAAAGAAACGAGGUGAUGUUAUCAUCGAAGAGAUGCAGUUCGGCGUAUGGACGUUCAAGGUCGCGAGCUCAGCCAAGUCUGCGUUCGAAGUGUAUCGUAGCGAAAUCAAGAUGGCGUACCCGCUCUUUGUACGGCUGUUCGCGGACAUCUACAGCAUCUCGCCUACGUUGUUCAUGGUGUUUCUUGCGUGUAAACUUUGGGAUGGGAUUGAGGAGGCCUUGGUUAUGCACCUCUCGAGUUCGCUACUGCGGAAGAUCGAAGCAGGAGUUAUCUCAGGAGUUCCCGACGUUCGGGGUAUCGUUACUUCUGUAAUGCUACAACUCGUCUGUUCCGCAGUGGUUUCGUAUAUGAGCUGGCAUAGUCAGCGAGCGCUUCAGAAACUCGAAACCGAAGUCAGUCGCCAUUUCGAAUUGCAUCUUAUGAAAGCUAAGCUCGGCAAAGAUUUACCCACCUCGCAAGAGGCGUCAAGCUCGUCGGAUGUCUCAGCCUUCCAGGCGUGGAGAGCUUUCGCGGACGUGAUAUCCUUCUUCACGGAGUUGUUCAAAACUGUGAGCCAACUGGCACUCAUCGUGCAUUUGUCGCGCAAGUCAGGCGGUCCAUUGUUCGCUCUUCUGUGCAUCAUCAAGCCUAUCUUUUCAGCGAUGACUUUCCGCGCUUGGUGGGAUAAAGUCUGCUUUGGGUUUGCAAGUAAUGAGGACUAUCGUCGUAUGAUGUCUUUGGAGAAACUCGCGAAUGGGGGCUUCCGCCAGGACAUUAUCAGUCAUAACCUUGGCGCUUGGAUCAUCCAAGAAUACCAAAAGGCACGCAAGGCAUUGACCGGAAUCAGUGACGAAAGUUUCUAUAGCGCCUACUCUCGACGGGAAACACCUAUAUACGACGUCUUCGCCAAGGUGCUAGGGGAGCUGCCAGUGGCGUACUGUGCUCUUGCAAUGAUAUUUAAACCUUUGGCAUUUUCUGUGGCCUCAAUAUCAAUUCUGCAGCACUCGGCGCUCACACUUCGAUACUCGUUAGAGACUAUCCUAUCCAGCACGGAGGACUUCCGUGGAGGUGUCCACUCGAUCAGGAGAAUGUAUGAAGCGACUGAGAUCAUGAAUUUGAUGAAGGAUGGCCACCUUCCUUACCCUCAGACUGACGACAAAAAAGAAUGGAACGGAGAGAAGGGAAUGUCGUUCGAGCUGAAAGACAUCACGUUCGCGUACCCAGGCAGCGAGAAGACCACCAUGGCCUUGAAUGGAAUUUCUCUCGAUAUUAAUGCUGGACAGCUCGUCAUCAUCGUUGGCGCCAAUGGCUCGGGCAAGUCUACCCUCAUCCGCAUCCUUUCACGGCUGUACGACCCGACAAGUGGUUCAGUCCUCAUCGACGGGCAUCCCUCGAAAGACUACCACGUCGAGGACCUACAUCGUGCCACAGCUAUUCUCAGCCAAGAGAGCGACAUCUUCCCGCUCACUUUGGCCGAGAACAUUGGUCUGGGAUACCCAGAGCGCUCACACGAUAUGGCACUCAUUGAGGAGGCCGCCCGGGACGGCGGUGCGACUGAGUUCAUGAGUAAAUUGAAGGACGGGGUGCAGACCACGCUGAACUUGGAUCAUUCGUACUUCCAUAACAACUUGCACGGGAAUCGUGAUCAUCCUCUGUAUGAGGAGAUGGAGAAGAUGAAGAAGAAGAUUGACAUUUCGGGUGGGGAGAAACAAAGGAUCGUGGCUGCCCGCUCGUUUAUGCGAUUCAAGUCUGGCAGAGUCAAGUUCGUCGCUGUUGACGAGCCUAGCUCAGCGCUCGACGCAGAAGGCGAGCUGCAACUAUUCAACCGACUCCUCGACGUGCGGAAAGGGAAGACAAUGGUCUUCGUAACCCAUCGGUUCGGCCAUUUAACCAAGCACGCUGACCUUCUCAUCUGCAUGAAGGACGGCUUAAUCGCGGAAAGUGGGACACAUCAGGAGCUAAUGGAAAAGAAAGGCGAAUACGCGAAGCUCUACGACAUCCAAGCCAAGGCAUUCACUGACUGA